AGACCCACUUUACAACUCUCUCUCUCUCUCGACUUAUCUGUCUCUCGCCAAAGACCCUGCCGAAGUGGCUAAGACCUCUGUGCUCCGCCGCUCAUACAUAUUCACCACCGCCACCACAGGCGGUGAUUCUCUCUCUCUCUUCUCGGUCCGCCAGCACCCGAGUCGGACACGGAUACCUGGCCAAAUUUCGCGUGUCCGUGCUAAAAGUUUCUUCCUUGCAUUUCUGUAGACACAGCUCUAACAAAUCAGUUGAUCCAGAUGGUGUUUGUUUCUGUCCUGCCAGCAAAUUGUUCAGGUUUGGUUCAUUGCUCUCCUAAACUACCAUUCAAGGAUGGAAGACAUAAAUCUACCAGAUAUAAUGAUUAUAAUGCCUUUCAGCUACCAUCUACACUGAUUCAUAGAGCAAGGAUUCAAUGUUCUCAUCCAAAGCAGCAUUUUGGUGUCAGAUAUGUGGUGUCUGUUGGAAGAAGAAACCAUCAUCAUCAGUUGAGUUUUGAUGAUGAUGAUGACUUGUCUGAGGAGCCCUUUUGGCUCAGUUGGAUUAAGGAUGCUUUUUGGGGUUUGAAAUCUUUAUUUGUAUUUCUUGCUGAGCAACCUAGUCAGCUGAAGUACAUAGAGUGGCCAGGUUUCCAGAGCACGUUGAAGACUGCUACUCUCACUCUUGCUCUCGUUGCAGUGCUCAUCGUCGCACUAUCAACGGUUGACUCUGCCCUUUGCUAUAUGUUAGCUUUGAUUCUCAGGAGAACCCCAUAAUUAAAUGAUGUACCUAGAAGUGUUUAUUUUCAAUGCAUGGUCUAGCUCAAACUUGCAGAUGCUCUUCUGUUGAUGUCAUGUCUCUAGCAUUGUAAGAAGUAAAAGAAAAGAAUUUUGAGAAGAAAUCUGUUUGCCUUUGGAAAAAUUUGAAAGCUAGAGCUCUCUUUAUAAACUUCUUGUCAAAACAGUUGCUGUGACUAUUAAAUGAAGAUGUAGACUCCAGAAUAGAAUUCUUAAUGUUGCUCCUCUUUUCUUUAAUCUUCUCUCUUUUGGUGUAAAAAUUAUUCAAAGAAAAGUAAACUAUGUAUUACUAUUUGAGCUCAUGGUUGAAAUUUUGAAGGAUGAUGUUCAUACUGAAAGUCUCUUAUUUGUGAACCAA